UAGUGAUGGGGGGGGGUCUCUUCUGCCCUCCGGCUUUCGAAAAUGUACUCUUUUGGCCUGUCCGCUCUUGUGUUCCAUCUACCGCUUGUUACUUUGUUCCGCUUUCAUCUUCCGUCUGUCUUCGGCCUUUUAAAACGCCAGUCCCUACUAGAGAUCGGUCUGCAUCUGGAUCCAGUCUGGAUUUUUCCUGGAACCAGAUCAAGAAUCCUGCCCAGGUUACUAACCUAAAUCCAGGCGGCGGCAGAGCCAAUCCGUACUAG